GCCGGAGGAGGCGGGGGCAGCGGUGAGACCUGCCCUGAGCGAGGGAACUUCUUAAAGUCCCGCCGCCUCCCAGUGCCCAGAGGAGGCGCGGGGGAGCAGCAGCAUGGCCCGGCUCGGCGGUGGCGUGUGCUGCUGCUGGGGGCUCGUCCUCCUGUGGGCGGCGGCGGGGGGCCGAGCAGAAAUCCAAUAUGCAACUGUGUACUGGAAUAGAGCUGAAAAAACCCUUCAGGUCAGGAAUAAACUGGACAGGAGUGGAGAUGCCUAUGGUUUCUACAACAACACUGUACAGACAACAGGUUGGGGAGUUCUGGAGAUCAGAGCAGGCUAUGGCCGUCAGACCUUAAGCAAUGAAGAUAUCAUGUAUGCAGCUGGCUUCUUGGAAGGCUAUCUGACAGCACCGCACAUGUAUGACCAUGCUGCAAAUAUGUAUCCGCAGUUAAUUAAGAAUCCCACCAUUCGAAGUGGAGUUCAGAAUUUUAUGGCGAAACAAGAUCAAUGGACAAGACAACAAAUCAGAAAUAAUAAGGAUGACCCCUUUUGGAGGCAUGCUGGCUAUAUUAUUGCACAGUUGGAUGGUCUGUACAUGGGCGCCCUUGAGUGGGCUAAACUACACAAACAAACACCACUGAGCAUCUUUGAUGUCCAAUUUCUGAAUGCAGUUGGAGACCUGCUGGACCUCAUUCCUGCAUUAUUUGAGUAUUCUGCACGGGGUGGACAAUGCAACGUGGAGCCAGGAAGCCAUGGGAAGUAUCAGUGGGAUAUGGGUCACUGCUCUGCACUCAUCAAGGUUCUACCUGGAUAUGAGAAUAUAUAUUUUGCCCAUUCCAGCUGGUUUACAUAUGCGGCCACACUGAGGAUAUAUAAACAUUGGAACUUCAACAUAGUUGAUCCAGACACUAGCACCGGCCGUGUCUCAUUCAGCAGUUACCCAGGCUUUUUGGUGUCCCUGGAUGACUUUUACAUACUAGGCAGCGGCUUGGUAAUGUUGCAAACUACCAACAGUGUGUUCAACCAAACUCUCAUUAAGCAAGUGGUGCCUGAAUCCCUGUUAGCUUGGCAGAGGGUCCGCAUUGCUAACAUGAUGGCAGAUGGUGGCAAAACUUGGGCAGAAACCUUCUCAAAGUGCAACUCUGGGACUUACAACAACCAGUACAUGGUGCUGGACCUGAAGAAGGUCAAGCUACAGAAGAGCCUUGAUGAUGGUGCAUUGUACAUUGUUGAGCAGAUCCCAACCCUUGUGGAGUAUUCUGAUCAAACAAAUAUUCUCCGGAAAGGUUAUUGGCCUUCAUACAAUAUCCCUUUCCACGAAAAGAUCUACAAUCUCAGUGGGUAUGCGGCAUAUGUUGAGAAGUAUGGCAUGGAUUUCUCUUACGAGCUUGCUCCAAGAGCAAAAAUCUUCCGUCGAGACCAGGGCAAGGUGACCAACUUGGAAAGCAUGAAGUACAUCAUGAGAUACAACAACUACCAGCGUGAUCCUUAUGCUGAACACAAUCCUUGCAACACCAUUUGCUGCCGGGAGGACCUGAAUCCUUCUUUUCCAGUGCCUGCGGGCUGCUAUGACUCCAAGGUGUCAGAUUUUCGCCUGGCUUCAGCGUUCACAGCCACUGCAAUCAAUGGCCCCCCAGUACAGGGUGGUCUCCCUGUCUUCACCUGGAGGCAGUUUAACCACACACGACACCAGGGCCUGCCAGAGUCAUACAACUUUCAUUUCGUCACCAUGAGGCCGAUCCUGUAAAACCAGCAUCAGUAUUCCCAAAUGGGAUUUUUUUUAAUGGAAAUUUUCAUUCAUCUGUGUAAUAAAUUGACCUGGAUGUCCACA